CGGUUACGCCCGAACUUAGCCCUACCAUACUUGUUAUAUUUCUGUUUUGUAAUGAACGUAGCCUGUAGUCGUUUUGAUGACUUGUAAUAUUGACGGAAAUAAUUUUAUUAAAAAAAACAAAUCAAAUAAAAUACAAUUCCUUUGAAGAUACAAUUAGACAAGAUAAUUUUAAUUCUCACGAGAUGCCUAUCGAUCCAAAACGAGUUGGGUGGACGCCAAUGCUGAUACUGAUUUGUGUUGGGACCACCAUCGGCGCUGUUAUACCCAUUGGCUAUGCACUGGGGGUUAUGAAUACACCUGCUGAGAUCAUAAAAGAAUGGACUGUCUCUAGUGUUUCCAGUACAUACAGCGUUAAACUCAACGCAACGAAGGCGGACAUACUUUGGGCUAGCAUAGUGUCCAUUUUUCAGGUUGGCGGUAUUUUGGGUUCUUUUAUUUCUGGAUCUAUAAGCAACAAAUUUGGAAGAAAAGGUUGCCUUGCAUUCAGCGGUGUUUUGUUAUCUUUUGCUGGACUUUUUUUGUAUUUCAGCCGUAAGGCUCACCUCGUCGAGAUGAUGUUAUUUGGUCGUUUUUUGAUCGGUAUCUCAGCUGCGCUAAUCUAUACCGCACAGCCGAUGUAUUUGCUAGAGUGCGCGCCCAUACAUUUGCGUGGCAGUGCUGGCGUCUUCACACUACUUGGCAUAACGGGCGGCAUUGUUUUUGGACAAAUAUUUAGUUUACAACAAGUGUUUGGCAAUGAGGAGAGUUGGGAAUUGGCCUUAAGCUUCUACUUGAUUUUUGUUCUUAUUGGCUUCUUGCCGGCCUUUUUGUUUCCCGAAUCACCUAGUUGGUUAAUUAAGGUGCGCCAAGACGAAGAUUUGGCCAGGAAGUCUUUGAAAAGUUUACGUGGAAAAAAUGCUGAAGAAACUAUAAAUGCUGAAAUCGCAGAAUUGAAAGCAUCAGCGGCUGCCUCUAGUGAAAUACUUGGAUUUUGGGCGGUGAUGAAAAACUCAGAAUUUUGCUUGCCUGUGCUAAUUGUUAUCUCAUUUACCGCUUGUCAAGCCUUGAGCGGAGUUAAUGGUAUUUUCUUUUACUCAGUAAGAAUCUUUACCAAAUGUGGCUUUUCCGUUGAAAAUGCCACCUGGUUGAAUUUCGGUUCUGGUGUAUUGAAUUUCGUGUUUGCGCUCAUUAGUUUAGUUUUAAUGGAGAAAUUCAAUAGACGUCCCUGUAUGCUUCUCUCAGCGAGUGCUUGUGCUACAUCAUUAAUUGGUUUGGGGUUCGCUUUGAAGUAUAUUGAUUACGUCAGUUGGUUCCCAAUACUUUGCGUUAUUUUAAUGGCUUCCUUCAUAUCAUUUUUCAAUGUGGGCCUAGGGCCAAUACCAUUCUUUAUAGGAACAGAACUUUUUGAAUUACCACCUCGUACUGUGGCCAUGGCUACCGGGAACUUUUCAUGUUGGACCGGUAAUUUCUUGAUCGGUAUGUGUUUCCCUCCUGUAGAGAGUUUAAUUGGUCCAUUUUGCUUCCUACCCUGUGGUGGUGUUUGUAUAUAUUGUUUCUUGCUCACGUGGCGCUAUGUCCCGGAGACACGCGGUUUUGAGCCAUCGGAUGUGAAACCUUUGAUGGCGAAUGGCCUCAAAUCGAAAGUAACCUAAGGUGAGGUGACAGAAAUUGAUUGAAGUCAAGUUUAGUGCUUGGUAAGAUUCUUACUGUUUCUUUAAUCGAAGAAAAAUCGAAUUUUUUUCUCGAAAAUUUAAUAAACGUAUAAACUGUUUUUUUCUAUUGGAAAAAUAUGUUUUAAAAAUAAUAA